GCACGAUUCCACAUCCUGUACGCAACAAACCCCGUGCUUAUCGUUUCCCCAAGUUCGUUUCCCUACCCGGCCCCUCGGUGUCUCAUCUCCACAUUCCCCCGUCAUGGCGCCAGAUCGCCAGUCCCCGGCGGCAAGCCGACAACGGCAAGUCGGCCAUCGGCGAUGGCUGGCAAUUGAAGUCCCAACUGAAGGUUUUUAACGAGAUGAGAAGCUGCACUUGAAGCUAUGAAGUUAUUUCGGUACUACCCUGUCUAUAAAAUGAAAAUGAGGGAUUUUAUAAUUUCAUCCACUGGUAUGUCUUGCACUCUUUGGUUUUACAUUUAAUCAAUAUAUGCGAUAAUUGAUACCAUAUUUCAGUUUGUUGCAUUGUCUUUGAGUGUUGUACUCUUGUUGUAAGAUUUGUUGAAAAGACUAUUGUUGUAAGAUAGUUUGAAUCGGACAUUACACUUAAUUAAUUAAUACCAAAUCCUCACAAUGAGCUAAUGAGUGAACCCAUUGACAAAAUUUUCUGGCUCCGCCCCUGGUGUGAAGGUGUGUCUCCGUCAGAUCUCGCGGGAUUCGGUCAGUGUUGGUUUUCGAUGGAUCUGUUUGGAUCCGGUCUUCGUUCGUCUUUGUUUGAGUGUUUACAUGUUUGAUCCUUCUGAUCUACGACUUUCUUCAUCGGCGAUGGUUGCUUCUUUGAUGCGUUAGUCCUAUAGGGCCUUAGCACGACGACUUUCCGACUGUCUACUACAACAAUGUUUGCCUGGCUAUAGUGAUUGAGGGGCGAUGACAGCGGCGCGCCUUCGGCUCGCUUCAAUGCUUGGAGUCAUCGUUGAGUGGUCCAUGAACAUGGUUGUAAUUUUUAUUAUCUAUGUUAUUUUCUGUAUUGUCAUGGUUGAAAAUGAAUAGAUUGAGUUUCGGGAAAAGAAAUGGCUCUCUCUACGUAAGUGUCCUGCCCCCAUCAGAAGCUGCACACGCACAUAUACAUAGUACUUGUUUCGCGCUGGGACAGAGCCGGCAGGGAGCGGCAUUGGGAAGCACGGUGUCCAUGCUCCAUGCAGAUCCAAGGCGUGGAUUAGGCAUGCUGUCACAGGCAACUGUGACUGGAGUUGGCGAAGCAUGGAGUGGGAGCAGUAGCUGGUUUGUCUCCCUUGACUCGGGGGCAUGUGCUGCGGCAUGUCCAUGUGGCGGACGACGAGGAACGCAUCAAGGGUUAAAUAACGGCUGAUAGAGAAGAACCCACGCGUACGCACAUGCCCCCUCGAUCUGGCUCUCACGUCUCGUGACACCAUUGACGCCGGUACCUAUCCUAUCCUGAAUGUGUCUAGCUUGACCAUGCAUUCGGCAGUACGUUUUCCCGCGCGCCCGCUGCUUGGCCCCCUGGAGCCCCAACACCAUGUCUUCCUCUCCCUCGGCCGCCACGAGCCCACGACGAUUUCACUCUCUCCAUAUCGACCUCCACUGUCACCGUGCAUCGAACGUAGCCAUCGGCCGCGGUGCCCCGCGCGCGUAUAUAUACGGCACGCAUCGACCUCACUGCGUUGCCGGAGUAGCUAGAAACAGCACAAGCUUUCAGCUGUAAGAUCGCGCACAGGGAAAACAGUUGUCGAAGGGAAGGAGAGCAAGCCACCGGCGCCAUGGAGCUGGAGCUGGGGCUUGCGCCACCCAACCACGCCGGCCAGUCGGCGGGCUCGUGCGGGAAGAGGGGCUCGGCGCCGGCGGGGGCGUUCGGGGUCACCAAGACCACGCUGCCACACUUCCCGCGCGACGACGACGGCGACGACAGCUGGGAAGACGGCACUGGCGGCGCCCUCGAUUGGCGAACGAGCAACAAGAGGAAGAGGCUGGUGGGCUGGCCGCCGGUGAAGAGCGCUUACCGCCCGCGCAGCCGCGGCAACGGACACGUGAAGGUGAAGAUGGAAGGGGUGCCCAUCGGGAGGAAGGUGGACCUGUCCCGCCACGCCUCCUACCACCAGCUCCACCACACGCUCCGCCUCAUGUUCCCCUCCUCCGCUUCUCACCAUGGUGAUCCAUACGCCGUCGCCUACGAGGACGGGGACGGGGACUGGAUGCUCGUCGGAGACGUGCCGUGGGAGGACUUUAGCCAGUCGGCCAAACGCCUCAAGAUACUCAUGCAACCGACUACACAUGGCAUUACUGGUUGAGUUUGGGCGUCAUGAUCUGCACCGGCGUCUGUGUCUAGUUAAUUAGCUUACUGAAUAAUUGUAGUAUAAUGUUUUUUUUGCGGGUAAUUUUAGUAUAAUGUUUUUUUGCGGGGGAAUUUUA